GCGCGAUGCGGAAGCGAUUCUUCGAGACGCAUCGGCUGAAAAGCCGGGGCCUGUGCUCUUUUUGUUUUGUUUCGCUCAUUUGUCGAACAAAACCGUGUCACCUCAUGCAAUUAUCACGUCUUAAUUAGGGGCUAGAUUUGAAGAACUGGCUGCAAACUUGACAUCUGACAUAUUUAACUAGAUGCGAUCGCGCUCUGUGUGCACACAUGGUGCGAAAAGCCAACGAAAGUGCUAAUACCGUACUGAGUCAGACAACUGCAGACGCUCAUCAAGUGACGAACCGAACCAUGGGCCUCAAGAUUGGAUUUAUUUUGCUCUUCUCUGUGCUGGGCACCACCUUGGCACAGGAGCAGCCCUACUACCUGCAACAAUGUCCCCGGGAUGAGGCUCAGAUCAACGAGUGUCUCCGGGAAAGUGGCAACAAGCUGGUCCAUUAUCUGCAGAAGGGAGUUCCGGAGCUGGACAUAUAUGAGAUCGAACCCGUGAUGAUUGAUGAGAUCGGCAUUGUGCUGGGAAGUGGUCCGGAUGGCUAUCGGGCUCUUUUCCGAAAUAUUCAAGCCUACGGUGUGAGCAACAUUACGGUCACCAAUAUUCGCCAAGAACACUCUAGCUUAACUUUCCGGAAUUUGGAACGGCAGCUCCACCAACAAUAGUUGUACCAACAACAGCAACGCCAUCGACCGUCAAUUUGGCUAUGGGCACUUGGCUCUCAGUUGGCGAAAAAUAAACGAUUCCGAUGACGGAGACAAAACAACACUGGUAAAGACGACUGAUCGACGACCACAGAUCGUUGACCAAGAAACGAGCCAGAAAAGUGUGCCAACGCUAGAUUCUCUAAGUGGAAAGCAAUCUUUGGCCAGUUCCAAUAUCGGUUUCGAUUUCUAAGGCUACGUACGCUGGCAAAGGGGACUAAAAACGGUGUCUGCAAUUGGACAUAAAUUAUAUAAAAUGUAGGGAUUUAUUUUCAAAAUUAA